GAUACAACGAGAGAUAGAGGCGGUCACGACCUCUUUUGGGGCCAGGUCAUGAUUAACCGCACACCAUUCUGCACCCCACGUUCCAAUCGGCUCUCCCGCCUGAGAAAUGUUCUGCAUCGCCGAAAACUCUACGAAGCCUCUGACCCGAUAUCUCUCCAGCACCGGUUUGGAUGCCUCCCUGCCCUAUCUCCCUCUUUGAUUCCAGCCCUCGCCAGCGUUCCCCAUUCGCCAUCACGACACAUAGCCCUCGCAGGGGGGGAGAGUGGUGUGGUGUGAGAGAACCGUCGACGUAAUGAAACCUGGGCAGCAACCAGCCAACCACGACGUGCAGAUAUGCCCGGAUUUCGGCAGUGCCCUGAACUGGGAAACGAUCAAAGGAGAGAGAGAGAGAGAGACUGAACUUGAAACGGAACAUGCUAACAACCAACAAACAAACAGGAACAGGGUGGGGAAGCGAGAGAGCGAGACAAGAACCAUACGGCUUAGAAAUCGGGUUAUCAGAUUCGGGCCCAAAACUUUGUGAUACCCGCCAACUCAGCCCUUUCUUUUACCAAGGAAAAGUGUUGGACGAAUAUGUAGCCGACAAAUAACGAGAGAGGUCGGAAGGGGGGGACGGACGUUUAUCCCGUCAAGCAGGGAAACGCAACCAAGCAGAUAAAUACCAAGCGAGACCCAGAAUUUGUUAAUCACUGUCGUAGCCUUACUUUUAUCACACGCUAUCCUCACUUUUUUUUUUCCUCAUGACAAAUGGCAGUUAUGGGUUUUGCAUUGCGACUGUGACAUUUUGAACAUUACAGUUUAUCUGCUUUGGUUUCGACUUGCUCGGAUCCCGCAAGUAUCACCACCACAGCCAUUAUCACCACACACCUACCAUCACCACCCGCCUACUUCCACCACCCACCAACCAUCAACACCCGGCCACCACCACAAUGACAGCCCCCAAAACCCACCCCUCCAUCGUCCUCCCCUCCCCCUUUGCGCCCCCAACCCUCCUCCAAACCCCCACCCACGCCCCCAACCCAAACGAAGCCCUCAUCAAAGUAACCUGGACCUGCUCCACCCCGCUCGACCUCCACCGCGCCGCAGGCAACUUCGCCAUCCCCUCCUUCCCCUUCCACCUCGGCACCGCCUUCGCAGGUACAAUCGUCACCCUCUGGCUCAGCCCCAGCCUCUCCUCCUCCUCGGGUCUGAACAUCAACCACGAGCUCCACGAGACCCUCAAAGAAGGCGACAGAGUCUUUGGGUUCGUCUCCGACGGCAACCCGAGGGAGGCCGGCUUCCAGACGUACGUCACAGUCCCGGUGCACAAGAUCUCCAAGCUACCCCAAGGGAUAGUAGGCUGGGGGUUGAGGGAGGCGGUUACGGUGCCUGCGAAUUUGGUUACGGCUUUUCAUUGUCUGAGUGCCGAUUUGGGGAUACGGCUGCCUUGGCCGAAGCCGAGAGGGUUUAAAGGUGGGGAGGGGAAAAAGGUGCUGGUGUGGGGAGGGGGCAGUUCGGUUGGGUUGUAUGUGAUACAGGUGCUCAAGUAUUGGGGGUAUGAUCAUGUUAUUGCUGUUGCGAGCGGGAAGCAUCAUGGGGAGUUAAGGAGGCUAGGGGCGAGGGUGUGUUUUGAUUAUAGGAGUUCUGGGGUGGUGGGGGAGAUUGGGAGGUAUCUUGACCGAGAAGGGGGACAAGGGGCGGGGCCCAGGAUCCCGUAUUUCGUUGAUUGUAUUGGGUCUAGAGAUGGGACUUUGAAGCCGCUGAGCAAGAUCGCAGAGAGAGGGAGUAAAGUGGCGGUUAUGUUGCCUGUGAUUGAGGUUCCUGCUGCAGAGGGGAGGAGGCCGGUGUUUGCGGCGGAUGAAAAGCAUGUGGAGGGGGUGGUGUGGCAAGAAGGGGUUGAGGUCAUGGGGGUGAGGACGUUGAAUUACGAGGAGAACGGCUUCUAUCGAGACAAACUCCAGCCCGAGAUCAUUCCUGCCUUGCUGGCUCAAGGCGCUAUCAAACCGAACAGGACCAGGAUCGUCGAAGGUGCUACACUGCUGGAGAGGGCACAGAAUGCCCUUCAGCUAUUAAGGGACCAGGUCCCGUCUGGUGAACGGCUUGUAUGGAAGGUCUCAGAGGACGAGCAAUGA